GUACCUCCUCAAAGCUUGCUGUCUGCAGUCAUCCCAGUGUUGCGCGUCUUGCGAAGUUCGCAGGGUUGUGUGUAUGUGUGCGUGCGUGUGUGUGUGCGUAUAGUGACAGGGGGGAAGAGAAGCGAAAACCACAGGAUCAGUUACUCUUUAAAGGAGCAAGGAAGAGCGAACAACUGCUACCAACCAGUUGGGAGAAUCGAAAGAAGAGGUUGUGGUAAGAACAAAAAAAAAAGUAUGUGGAUGGGAAAGAAAAGCCAAGAUGAGAGAGUUAAGCUGAUGCUGGUGGUCAAGUGUCUUUAUUUGUAAGAAAGGAAGAGAAGGAUCGGGCUUGCUUGAAACCAACGUGUGCAACUAUACAAGUGACAGAAAAGCCUUUUCUAUAUUGUUUAUAAGAAGGGGGCUCUUCCGUGCGAUUUUUCCAUUUGCUUUUAACUACUAUUAAACAAAAUGGUUUCAGUACUGGAUAAACCGGCUCCUGCGCUGAUUAUUCUAUGGGGUUGCUGCGUCCUGACGCAAAGCCUGUUGACCAACUUCACCUUGGACAACGAGGUGCACUCCAGCUUCAUCCAUCGGAGACUGAAGAGCCAGGAGCGCAGGGAGAUGCAGCGGGAGAUCCUCUCCAUCCUGGGGCUCCCCCACCGACCCCGGCCGCACCUCCACGGCAAGCACAACUCGGCCCCCAUGUUCAUGCUGGAUCUUUACAAUGCCAUGUCCACCGAGGAAGAGGAGGAGCACUUCUCCUAUCCGUACAAGCCGAUCUUCACCACGCAGGGACCCCCGCUGGCGACCAUGCAGGACAGCAACUUUCUCAACGAUGCUGACAUGGUCAUGAGCUUUGUCAACCUGGUGGAGCAUGAUAAGGAGUUUCUGCCAGUGCGCCGGCACCACCGGGAGUUCCUCUUUGACCUGUCUCGUAUCCCCGAGGGUGAAGCCGUCACUGCCGCGGAGUUCCGCAUCUACAAGGACUUCAUCCGCGAGCAAGUCCACAACGAGACCUUCCGCAUCAGCAUCUACCAAGUGUUGGAGGAGCACCCCGACAGGGAGUCGGAGCUGUUCCUCCUGGACUCACGGGUGAUCUGGGCUGCUGAGGAGGGAUGGCUCGUGUUUGAUAUCACCGCCACCAGCAACCACUGGGUCCUGAGCCCUCAUCACAACCUGGGGCUUCAACUGGCACUGGAGAGCAUGGCUGGUCGAAGCGUGAACCCCAAGGUGGCAGGGCUGAUCGGGCGCCACGGCCCCCAGAACAAGCAGCCCUUCAUGGUGGCCUUCUUCAAAGCCACCGAGAUCCACAUUCGCAGCAUCCGCUCAGCGAACGGAAAACACCGCAACCAGAACCGCUCCAAGGGGAACAAGGGGCAGGAGGCGCUGCGGGUCUCCAGCAUUGCAGAUAACAGCAGUGCAGACCAGCGGCAAGCCUGCAAGAAACACGAGCUCUACGUCAGCUUCAAAGAUCUAGGAUGGCAGGACUGGAUUAUAGCACCAGAAGGAUACGCUGCCUACUACUGUGAGGGGGAGUGUGCCUUUCCCCUCAACUCCUACAUGAACGCUACCAACCACGCCAUAGUGCAGACACUGGUUCACUUCAUUAACCCGGAGACGGUGCCCAAGCCCUGCUGCGCGCCAACACAGCUCCACGCCAUCUCGGUGCUCUACUUCGACGAUAGCUCCAAUGUCAUCCUGAAGAAGUACCGCAACAUGGUCGUGAGAGCCUGCGGCUGCCACUAGGGGGCCGUUCCCGUCCAUCGCUAGGGACCCUCGGAGCAGCAUGUUUGAAAAACGGAUUCUCGGGAUCAAUGAUUCUGUUGUUUAGUGGUCUUCUCUGACAGGCAGAAACAGGGAUGGAGGAGCUCCAAGCAGCUCCUGCCCGCCUCCACCAGGGGUCGCUAUUGAGCUCUGUGACUGGAACAGGAAAAAAACAAACAAGCGUUCAUCCUAAACAGUGUAUUUGCCGUCCAGUCCACACUAUUGAUACGGUUUGUCUCCGUUCCUGCCACCACCCCAGUUAACUUGCCUAGUGGGUAGAAAACACAUUGUUCCUCCAAGGUCACUCCCUCUCAUACUGUGCAGCCCUGGUCCUGCCAUUGUAACAAGCUGCCUGCCUGGCCUGGAAUAUCAUUGCAAGAACAGGGACGACACUGCAGAAUUUCAAGAGAACAAGAAACAUUGCUCUUCCUCUUAGGUUGUGAACAUUAUUUAUUUCAUUGUUUAGGAUGUUCUGGGCCAUCUUUUGUCAAGUCUCUUGGACACAAGUUAGCUCUCUCUAACUUUAGGGAGCAGUAUCUGCUACUUCUAUUCCAAGUCUCUCCUGAGGUCUAUCUGGUUCUAUUCCUUGCACGAACAUUGUCUACAGUGUUCAGCUGUCUGUUGAAAUGAUGGGGCUUUCUUCUUUAACACUACGAUACAAGAAUGACAUCACCUCCACUCAGCAGCAUCUUUCCUUCUAACACUUUGGAGGAGUCAGAUUCUCAAAACUGACCGCUCCAAAUCGUCUGAAUGAAAAAAACAACAAAACACACACAUUUACAAAUCUUCAAAUGAAUAACAAACAACUGAAGACUACUCAUAAAUACACAGGUUGGUUAUUUCUUGGGGUAAAUGGCUUUGCGAAUCUAGACAAGGUUCUAGAACCUUUCCUCUGCUUCCCUGUCAUUGUUAGAGAUAGUCUCAGUGCUGCUCUCUCUCUCUCUCUCUCUCUCUCUCUCUUUGAUUUCUCAAGAAAGGCAGAGAUGCUGGGGUAUUUGUUAGAUAGAGAUCUUUAUGUACAAUAUUGUGUAAAUAGUUUUCAAAAGACAGAAACAAAGUAUUUAUUUCCAUUUCUGGACUCAAGCUCCACUUCAGGUAACUUCAGGAUAAAAAAAAAACGAAUAAAAAUAAAAUGAAUUUAAAAAUCUUCCUGCUGAAAAGAAACCACUUUCUUAUUUAAGAGAAAUAUUUAUUGAGUAAAAGUGGGAGAGAUGUACAUGCACAAUACAGCCUUUUGCAAUCCCCUGUCUUUAUAACGUGUCUGUACAAAAAUAGUUCAAUAAACAGUUCCAAUGUUA